AUGCAGUGCUUAUCUCCGAGGCUCCACCCCGGGCCUUUGGAGGAGUCCGGGAGAAAUCCUGCGAGACGCCGCUUUCUGCGGGUCGGUUGCCGUGGAAACGGCCGCCCGGCGGAAAUGGAACUGCGCGUGCGCUUCCUCUUCCGGGUCGACGACCCACCGCCCCACCGGGGAGGUUGCAUGGGCUGCAGCUUCCCGCGCGGUCUCCUACGUCUGCUGCGGCCGCCGCCAGCCUCACGGCCCCGGCCGCGUGUGCUCAGCCUGGAGUCCGUCCCGCCGCCCAAGCGACCCCGCGGCAGCCUCAUGGCGCCACCCCGAAUCGGCACGCACAACGGCACUUUCCACUGCGAUGAGGCCCUGGCGUGCGCACUGCUGCGCCUCCUGCCCGAGUACCGGGAUGCGGAGAUUGUGCGGACCCGGGACCCCGAAAAACUGGCUUCUUGUGACAUCGUGGUAGAUGUGGGUGGCGAGUAUGACCCUCAGAGACACCGAUAUGACCAUCACCAGAGAUCUUUCACAGAGACCAUGAGCUCCCUGUCUCCUGGGAAGCCAUGGCAGACCAAGCUGAGCAGUGCGGGACUCAUCUAUCUGCACUUCGGGCACAAGCUGCUGGCCCAGUUGCUGGGCAUCAGUGAAGAGGACAGCAUGGUGGGCACCAUCUAUGACAAGAUGUAUGAGAACUUCGUGGAGGAGGUGGACGCGGUGGACAAUGGGAUCUCCCAGUGGGAAGAGGGAGAGCCUAGAUACGUGCUGACUACCACACUGAGCGCCCGGGUUGCCCGACUGAAUCCUGCCUGGAACCAGCCCAACCAAGACACCGAGGCCGGGUUCCAGCGUGCAAUGGACCUAGUCCGAGAGGAGUUCCUGCAGAGACUAGACUUCUACCGGCACAGCUGGCUGCCGGCCCGGGGCUUGGUGGAAGUGGCCCUGGCCCAGCGGUUCCAGGUGGACCCAAGUGGGGAGAUAAUAGAACUGGCAAACGGUGGAUGCCCCUGGAAGGAGCACCUCUACCACCUGGAAUCUGGGCUGUCCCCACCAGGGACCAUCGCCUUUGUUAUCUACACUGACCAGGCCGGACAGUGGCGGGUACAGUGUGUGCCCAAGGAGCCCCAUUCAUUCCAGAGCCGGCUGCCCCUGCCAGAGCCAUGGCGGGGUCUUCGGGACGAGGCCCUGGACCAGGUCAGUGGGAUUCCUGGCUGCAUCUUUGUCCACACCAGCGGCUUCAUUGGUGGGCACCACACCAGAGAGGGUGCCUUGAGCAUGGCCCGUGUCACCCUGGCCCAGCACCCGGUACCUAAGCCUCCCACAAAUUCCCUAGUCCAAUAAAAUGUCAUGUAU